CAGCUUCCACCUCAGGUCCCAAUUAUGUUCCCUCCUGUUGAUCAUGCAGAAGGAGGAGAUGAAAACCAACCCCAUACCUCAUCUCACAAUUCAACUUCCACUGCCAACCAAGACGCGGUGACAGCUCAGCUUGCUGCCAUGCAGCAGCAGUUUGGUGUUUUUCAGUUGGUACUGGCUCAGCUUUUAGCUAGAAAUAAUCCUGGUGAUCCCCUCAUCAAUUUACUAAACCCUGCUCAACAACCCCCAGCUCCACAACAAAAUCCCCAACCAGUUCAACCUGCUCCCGCUAUUAGCGAAUCUCAGGAUCAAUCCCACAUAGCACCCGCUCAGCAACCCAUCCCUGAUGAUGUUACUCGUCGCCUUGAUAGCUUAGAAAAGCUGAUAGCUGAACACCGAGGUGCUCCACCCCCACAACAUGCUACUGAUUCCAUACCUCAUCCCCUGAAUACCAACAUCACACUGGAACCCUAUCCUACUGGCUUCAAAAUACCACAAUUGGAGACUUAUGAUGGGACGAAGGAUCCCGAUGAUCACCUACAUGCUUUUUACUCUUGCAUGCAAGCACAGAAUGCCUCUGACGCAUUAAUGUGCAAGAUCUUCCCCUCUACUCUGCGAGGUAAUGCUCGAACUUGGUAUUAUAGUCUACCUCCGAGGUCGAUCAGUUCUUACACAGAAAUGGCAUCUGCCUUUGCCACUAAGUUUUCCAGUAGAAGGUUGAUUAGGAAAACUAUUACUGAAUUGAUGCGAGUUAAACAGAGGGACGGAGAGUCUUUAAAGAACUACAUGAGCAAGUUCAAUGAUGCGGUGUUGGAGGUUAAUUCCUUCGACCAAGCUGUGGGCAUUGCAGCUAUAAUCUCUGGUCUCAAACAUGACAGGUUCCGAGACAAUUUGAUCAAACAUGCUGCCACCACCUUUAGCGAGGUGAAUGAUCGGUCUCUUAAAUUUAUAACCGCUGAGGAGUAUGCCCUGGCACAAAACCCACCCCCCUCUAAGAACCAGAACCCAGAAUGGAGAGACGACAAUCCGAGCCGGAAAAGGAUGAGGAUGGCACAGAACCGAGGCCCGACGUUGACCUCCCCACCGAGAUUCGGAAGACCGAACUCAACACCCCAGCAACAGUCUGCAGGUAAACCUCCAGUUAAUUGGACUCCCUUUAAUCUGCCGAGGUCACAAAUUUUUAUGCAGAUAAAGAACAAAAUGGACUUGAGACGUCCUGGCCCAAUGCGAACUGUUGCUGCUAGUCGUGACCACACCAGAUAUUCUCAGAAGGGAAUGCUGAAUGAGUAUGUCCAAAGAGCUGAACAACCGAGGUUUGUCAGAGAGCAGAGACCGCAACCUCAGGGAGUCCGCAAUCCUCCAAAUAGGCAAGGUGUGGGAUAUCAGCAAGCCCCACCUCCGCUCCCACCACCGGCUAGAAUCAUACAUAUGAUUACGGGAGGCCUUGAAGCAGGUGGACUGAGCUCUAAGCAGCGAAAGCUGUAUGUUCGAGAGGUUAGACAUCAAAAUCGAGCUCAGAAGCGGAAGAUUGACGAUGCUGAAUGGAAGAAUCAACCCAUUACUUUCACAUCUGCUGACCUCGACACAGUUGUUACACCCCACAAUGAUCCCCUGGUCACUUCUGUCAUGAUUAAUAACUGUGAAGUACAGCGUGUCCUUGUUGACACCGGGAGUGCACCAGACAUUAUGUACUUCCACUGUUUCGAGAGUCUGGGGCUAGAUCCAGCAUUGUUGCAGAAGUAUGAUGGUCCUAUCUAUGGUUUCAACAACCAGCCUGUUCCGGUAGAAGGAGUUCUUACCCUCCAUGUGGCUUUUGGGAGUGGCAGGACCUAUGUGACCCCGUCGGUCCGGUUCCUCAUUGUCAAGAUGGCCUCUUCUUUCAACAUUGUUAUUGGCCGACCCACAUUGACUGAAAUCCGAGCUAUGGUUUCCCAAUCUCAUCUUUGCAUGAAAUUCCCCACUCCUAUGGGAAUAGCAACACUGCGAGGAAAUCAGGAGGUAGCCAGACACUGUUACAUUACCUCGGUAACACAACCAACGAAGGGCAAAGAUAAGACACCCGAGAUCGGAACUAGAUUGAACCCGGAGGAGAGAGCAGAACUGAUAGCUUUUCUCCGAGCUAACAAUGAUGUAUUUGCAUGGACUUCGGCAGAUAUGCCAGGAAUCCCAACUUCAGUAUGUCAACAUAAGCUCAGUACCAACCCAUUGAAGAAACCAGUGGCCCAGAAGCGGCAUCUCUUCGGGGGGGAGAGGCUUCAGGCUAUUAAAGAAGAGGUAGAGAAACUCCUACAAGCUGGUUUUGUCCGGAAAGUUGAUUACUGCGAAUGGGUGGCUAACCCAGUUCUGGUGAAGAAGGCAAAUGGCAAAUGGCGAAUGUGUGUUGAUUACACAAAUCUUAACCACGCCUGCCCUAAGGAUUGCUAUCCGAUGCCGAGCAUUGACAAAUUAGUUGAAGCGGCUUCAGGCAAUGAGAGGUUAAGCCUCUUGGACGCAUAUUCGGGGUAUCACCAGGUGCCAAUGGCUCCAGAAGACGAAGAGAAAACUACGUUCUAUGCUGGUGAUGAAAUUUAUUGUUACGUCAUGAUGCUAUUUGGUUUGAAAAAUGCAGGUGCUACUUAUCAGAAAAUGGUAACCAUUGUCUUCCACGCUCAGAUUGGCAAGAAUCUGGAGGUAUAUGUUGACGACAUUGUGGUAAAGAGCCUAAAAGCAGAAGACCAUCUCGCCGACCUCGACGAAACCUUUAACAACCUCAGAAAGAACCGGAUGCGGUUAAACCCAGCCAAGUGUAUUUUCGGAGUGGAGUCUGGAAAGUUUCUAGGUUUCAUGGUGUCCCGAAGAGGGAUUGAGGUCAAUCUAGAGAAGAUCAGAGCAAUUGCCGAGAUGGAACCACUGAAGUCAAUUAAAGAUAUACAGAGGUUGACUGGAAGGGUGGCAGCUCUGCAUCGAUUUAUCUCCAGAUCAGCGGAUAAGUGUUUACCAUUCUUCAAAAUUAUGAGUAGCAAGGGUUCAGGGGCUGGAGCUCUCUUGAUUGGUCCAGACGGUUAUCGAAGCGAACAUGCUUUGAAAUUUAACUUUGAUGCGACAAAUAAUAUGGCUGAGUAUGAAGCUCUGCUACCUGGUCUACAACUAGCAUUAGAGUUGAAAAUCGGUGCAAUUCAAGUGUACAGUGACUCCCAGCUGGUGGUGAACCAAAUCAACUCCAUUUGCGAAGUCGUUGAUCCUGUGAUGGCAGAUUCACUCUCUAAGUUUGCCUCUGAUAGCUCGUUAAGCUCCAGAUCCGUUUUUGUAGAAGUCUUAGAUGAAACAAGCUUCACGAAGCCUCGGGUGAUGGAAAUUAGCACAAACCCUGACACGCCAAGCUGGACUGAUUCAAUUGUCUCCUUCUUACGAGAUGGGAUAGUGCCUGAGGACAGGCAGGAGGCAAUGAAAUUGAGGAAGAAAGCAUCUCGGUAUACACUUGUUGAUGGAGUCCUGUAUAAGAGAUCUUUUUCACUUCCUCUUUUACGGUGUUUAAAUCCCUAUGAAGCUGAAUACACACUUCGAGAGGUGCAUGAGGGUGUCUGUGGGAGCCAUGUUGGUGCUAGAACUCUGACUCACAAAGUCUUAAGGCAAGGAUACUACUGGCCAAACAUGUACAGAGAUGCCACCUACUUUGUUCAGAAAUGCCCGAAAUGUCAAUUCUUCGCACACCUGACUCACCAACCAGUAGAAGAGCUCACGAACUUGGUAGCGCCGUGGCCAUUCGCCCAGUGGGGACUGGAUCUUUUAGGCCCAUUUGUGAAAGGGGUUGGUGGUGUAACUCAUCUGAUUGUUGGUGUGGAUUAUUUCACGAAGUGGGUUGAAGCUCGGCCUUUAUCUAGUCUUACCUCUAAGAAGGUUGAAGAUUUUGUUUUCGGUUCAAUCAUCUGCAGAUAUGGGAUCCCAAAUCAGAUCGUGGCCGAUAAUGGAACUCAAUUCAAUUGCUCCUCAUUUCGAGAUUUCUGCUCCAGUUAUGGGAUCAAGUUACAGUUCACCUCCGUUUACCAUUCGGAGUCCAAUGGCAUGGUGGAAUCUGUUAACAAAUGCAUUUUGGAAGGUAUAAGGCCAAGAUUGGAGCAACAUAAGGCCAAGUGGGCAGACGAGCUCAACAACGUCCUCUGGGCAUACAGAACCACGAGCCGAACUGCCACAGGUGAAACACCUUACCACCUGGCCUUUGGUACCGAAGCAGUCAUUCCUGUUGAGAUAGGAGUCUCAAGCUUCCGGGUCACCCAUUUCGAUGGAGAACGAAAUGGACAACUGCUUCGGGAAAACCUUGAUCUGCUUGCUGAAGUGAGAGAAGAAGCUCGGCUUCGAACUCUUGUAUACAAGCAAAAACUAGUCAACUUCUACAAUAAACGGGUCCACCCUCGAACAUUCAAAGUAGGAGACCUUGUUCUCAGAAAAGCUGGCCUAACGGGGUUUGAAACUCGUUUUGGCAAACUUGCCUCAAAUUGGGAAGGCCCUUACACCGUGGCCGAGGUGCCACAUCCUGGUGCCUAUAUCCUCCAAGACGCUGAAGGAAAGAGAGUUCCCAGAGUCUGGAAUGUGAAUAACUUGAAGAAAUUUUACCCCUAAUAAAAUUCUUUCAAGUAGUCUAUGUCUUACUGUUCUUUACGUUUCUCACUUCGUGUUUGAAGAGAUUCAUUUUACCUCUUAUUCUAUGUAUUCGAGGUCAAUUAAUCCAUUCGUUCCUUGAACCUCACUUCUGUUAAUAAAUGUCACUUCACAUU